AUGUUGUUUUCCACAAGUCCGAGUAACACCAACAUCUACCACCCCAACAUCUACCACCCCAACAUCUACCACCCCAACAUCUACCACCCCAACAACCACUUCAACAACAUCUACACCAACCCCUACACCACCAACCCCCACAACUUCCCACCCCCCCUCCCACCCCCCCAAAACGACCCAACAAACCAAAGUUUCUUCCUCCGCAACCUCCCCCCCAACACCACCGUAUCAAUCCUCCUCUCCUCCAUCCGCGGCAUAGGCCGGGUCUACUACGCCUCCGUCCGUCCGCCAAAUCCUAAUCCCAAUACCAAUACCAAUAAUCUGCCCGUCACACCUGGCAGUUGGAACGCUGGUGCCGCUGCGAGAUUGGUAUUCUUCGAUGUUGAGGCUGCACAUGUGUUUUGGGAGUUAUACGAUCGUGCGAAGGGGAAAGUCAGGUUUCCGUUUGUGGUUGGGGGGCAGGAGGUUGUGGUGGAUAGGAAUCGGAUACGGGUUAUUCCGUCUGCGUCUCAAGGGGAAGGGAGGAUGCGGAUGGGGUAUUGUUCGCGGGUUGUGAGGGUUAUGAGGGUUAUGAAAGGGGGUGGGGAGGAGGAUGAUGACGAGGAGGAGUUAGAUGUGAGAGGGAUGUUGAUGGCAUUUAGUGCGAAUUUUGCGUUUGAGAUGGAUGAGAUUGUGGUGGGAUUUGAGGAGAGGGUUGUGGCUGGGCCGGGGGGGAGGAGGGGGUUGGUGGAGGUGGUUGAGUUUCGGUUUGGGAGUUUUAGGGGGCAGGCGGAGUAUGUUUAUUUUGUUUUGAUGGGACGGAGGGGGUUGGAGGUUUCGUUUGGGAGGGAUCCUUGCGGUCUUUAA